CGUGUAUUCACGUGUUCUCUGCUCCCUGCCUACACUCCUCCCACUCCACUCCACUCUGAGCUUCCAUUUUAAAAACGCAAUUUUCAGGGAAAAAAAUUAUAAAUCCUACAAACAUAUAAUUUCAAUAAAUAAAAUAAAAUAAAGAUUCAGAAGUUUAAAUACAUCAUCGAAUCCCUAUGGAAGCUUUUUUCCUAGUUUCGGAGUUGGAAUGGUAAUUCAGAUGUCUUCUCUUUUACAGAUACCGACUCUUUUUCCUCCACCUCAGUUGUCACCGCCGGCCACCACCAACGCCCUCGCCGUACCUCCAUUUACCGCCAAAUUGACUCCGAACUUGACUAGCCGGAAAAAGUGUCUUACUGCAGUGUAUUUCCAGAACGGCCGCGGCGGUGCGGUCGUCGUCGGUGAGGACUUGCCGCCUGACUACGAGGACUGGCAUCCGAAGGAGGCUUCUGAUUCUAGUAGCCGUAGAAGAGCCGGUGUGCUCCUCCAUCCGACGUCGUUUCCUGGACCUUAUGGAAUCGGUGAUCUUGGUCCUCGGGCCUUUCGUUUCCUCGAUUGGCUUCAUCUUGCCGGCUGCUCCGUUUGGCAGGUUCUUCCUCUAGUUCCACCAGGAAGGAGAGCCAAUGAAGAAGGCUCACCCUAUUCUGGCCAGGAUGCAAAUUGUGGCAACACCCUUUUAAUCUCUCUUGAUGAACUUGUGGAAGAUGGUCUUUUGUCGAAGGAUGAGCUUCCUAAACCACUAGAUAUCGACCAUGUGAAUUUCUCAACUGUUGCUAAGAUAAAGGAUCCAUUGAUAGAAAAGGCUGCAAAGAGGCUUAUUUUGAGUGGUGGUGAGCUCAAAAGUCAGCUUGAGCGUUUUCGGAAGGAUCAAGAUGUUGCAAGUUGGCUUGAAGAUGCUGCAUAUUUUGCUGCUAUUGAUGAUUCUUUAAAUACUUUUAGCUGGUAUGAUUGGCCUGAACCACUGAAAAAUCGCCAUCUUGCAGCAUUGGAAGAGAUUUAUCAAACUAGGAAGGAUUUUAUUGACAUAUUUGUCGCUCAACAGUUUUUAUUCCAGAGGCAGUGGCAAAAAAUUCAUGAUUAUGCUCACAAGAAAGGAAUUAGUAUAAUGGGAGACAUGCCAAUUUAUGUUGGUUAUCAUAGUGCAGAUGUUUGGGCAAAUAAGAAACAGUUUUUGCUGAAUAGGAGUGGUUUUCCUGUCCUAGUAAGUGGUGUUCCACCUGAUGCUUUUAGUGAAACCGGUCAACUUUGGGAGAGCCCCCUAUAUGAUUGGAAAGCCAUGGAGAAGGAUGGAUUUUCUUGGUGGAUACGCCGCAUUAGACGGGCUCAAAAUCUGUUUGAUGAAUUUCGGAUUGAUCACUUUAGAGGAUUUGCUGGCUUUUGGGCUGUUCCUUCUGAAGCAAAAGUUGCAAUGGUAGGAAGAUGGAAGGUAGGACCUGGAAAACCUUUGUUUGAUGCCAUAUUCAGAGCUGUUGGAAAGAUCAAUAUUAUAGCAGAAGACUUGGUAUGUAUGGGAAAAAAAUUGGUGGAUGAGAAAUUUUAUUAG